AGCUAAAAGCGCGAGGUUAAAAAAGCUAAUUUCAUAUGGAAAUACGAGCGAAAAGGGCGCGGAGGUUAUUGCGUGUGCGACAUGUUGGAUAUUUCUGAGGGGGCAUUUCUCGGCGUUUAAAAGAAGCACUUUCGACACGUUUCCUGCGAGAAAGUUUUUGCGUGUCGAUAGUGGAACCGUGAAAAGUUUGAAACGUGGCUGAAAAAUGCGGAGCUGCGCCGCCGUGCCGCAUGGAGCUCAGACGGUGUAAAACUUCCCCUCCGGAGGCUGUUUGAACGGCGCUUAGAGGCAACAAAUGUCGGCAGGAUGGCUGAAAAGGAGCCCGAAUCGCCUGGAAAACUAAAAACAUUAUUAUAGCCAGAAUUGGCUUUUUCGGAAUAGGGGGCCUAUCCGAACGGACAAUUUCCCUUCACAACUUUCCUCAUUGUGGAUAAUGGAUGGCAGAGAUUUUGGUCCUCCCCGAUCCGUCCACCUACCACCUCCGUUGUUGGCGGGGCUCGCUGUGGAAUCUCACCGACUCGGAGCAGCAGCAGCGGCCGGCAGGAUCCCUCCCUCGCCCGGUCACUUGGGCGCGAGUCAUCCGCCGCCUCUCCACUCCGGAAAAUUCUUGCCAUCGGCCAUUAACCUACAUCCACACCACAGCGAUGCCUUCCCAGCAGGCUCCAGUCCCUUCCUGUCAGGUUACCCCGCCUCCUCCCCCCUGACCUCCGACCCGGCGUACAGAUCGGCCAAUCCCAGCGGUCUGCAGAUGGCUCAGCUCUGGGCAUCGCACGCUCACGAAGGUUAUCCUCCUCUCCCGAGCAGUCUGUACUCCAGCCCUUACCUUUCCUUGGGGCACCUGGAGCCUCCCUCGCUUCCCCAGCACCCUCUCUACGACUGUCAUAAAGAGGGAUAUUACCUGCCAUCCUCCUUGAGCCAGUCGACUCUCCAUCCUGCAUCGGCUUCCCUGACCGUCCCGUCCAGCUCCACGCCCCCUCAGAGGACGUCCCGGGACGGGGGGAGGGACAGGUCUUAUCGAGGGGAGCGGGACAGAGAGAGGGACGGGGAGAGAGAGCGGUCCAGAGAGGAGCAGCGUCCGCACAGUGUCGUGGACUUGACGCAGGACGGGAGGGGCGAGGACGACCGUAGGCCGGGCAGAGAUCGGGAACGAGAGAAAGAAAAGGACCGGGACACAAACAGAGACAGAGAUGGUUGGUCCUUCCAUCCUCACCAGCAAAAGUCACACUCCCAGCCUUCCACAGUGGAGCACAGAUCCAGACUAUCAUCUCCACAGUCCUCCUUCCCUCCUGGUGGGGGCGGAGGUGCAGGGAGGUUUCACGGACCAGAAACAGACAGAGGGGGUCAGGAUGAGGAGGGCAGCUCUCGUCCUCACCACAACCACAGCUCUAACACUAACUCCAACAACUCAAACGCUCACUCGGACAGACAAAGGAGGAACGAUUCUGUGGCCACAUCAGCUGGGACCCUCCACAUCUCCUACGUCCUCCCUCCUGCUCUCCAGCCCUCCGCUGCCGGGCCACCCUUCCUUUCCACACCCAGAGAGACUAUCAGAGAACAGCGAGUCAGUGCACCUACAUAUGUGCCUUCUGUGGAGAUUUACGACGAACGGGCAGGGCCUAUCCAGAUCGCAUCACAGGCCCGCGAUAACAAACACAGUGACAAACACAGAGACAAAGAACGAGAGCGUGAAAGAGACAGAGAGCAUGAACGGGAGAAGGACAGAGACAGGGAGAGGGAGAGCUACAGGUUUCAUGAGAAAAGCCUCAUGGAGCAUCCUCGACUCUCCCAGUCAAGCGAUUUAAGCAAUCAGAGAGAAGAAGGGUCAGUCAUUUGUUCUAACGGUUCAUUUGGUAAAAGAGGCCAGGAAACACCCUUCUCUUCCAAUCAAUCGAGGUUCAGCCCAGAAACUAGGGAUGUUUCUAAACACUCAAUCCGAUUGGGCAUAGAGCGGACGGGGGCAGAGCCCAAGUGGAAUACCAUCAGCCCAUUGGCCAACUAUGCCACAAGUCACAUGGCUGCUCUCGCAGCCCAACACGGACACACAAUUUCCUCUCCCCACGGCCCGCCGACACACACCCAAAUACCCCAUUCCCCUCACACAUCCCAUCGACCCAACAGCAACUCACAAUCCUCCCACAGCCAUUCCCCCCAGACACACUCCUCUCAUGGCCGUACAAGCGAGGAAGGAGGUCAGAGACGCUACCUUGACCCAUCAGCCCUCUACCGACCCGGGGGCUCACUGGUGGGAGGGUCCGGCGCUGGAGAGCGCAGUGGAGGAGUAGGUUUGGAUUCCACAGAGGUUUCAGCCAUGCAGAGCCUCAUUAAAUACAGCGGAAACUUUGCUGCUGAAGGUCCUGGUUCGUCUAGGCACAUUGCAGACAGCCGGGGGUCCUUUGGUGGUCUGGCAAACAUUGGGAUGGAAGCCGAGAGGGAGAGGGAAAAGGAAAGGGAGCGGGAAAGAGAGAGGGAGAGAGACAGGGAAAGGGCCGCAGCUGCAUCAGGUGGUUCGGGGGCUUUGAGGGUUCCUCCUCAGCUGAAGAGGGAACAGGAACGGCCAGACAGCGCUCGCUCAUUCGGCCGGGAGGCCGAGGGAGAGGUACGACACCCUCCGGUUGGUAUUGCUGUAGCUGUGGCCCGACAGAGAGACAGUGGGACCACCAGUAAACAGAUCAGUGGAACCUCAGACACACAGAGACCCCUGCUGCAACCAGCUAUUAAAGACGAGGAGCGAGGGGAGGAUCGUGCUCACCACCGUGAUGACAGACUGCUGGCUGGCCGGCUGGAACGCGAGCAGGAAAAAGUGCUCAGAGAAUCCAAGGAGCUGGCAGAAUUUACUCAGAUGCACCCUACCCCUCUGUCUAGCGGUCUGACACCCAGUAUGAUGACGCCCAGCCUCAUGACCCCCAACCUUAUGGUCACAGGAGGGGCUGCUCUGGCAGGGGCGGGGCGAUGGCCUCCUGACCCCUCAACUCUGACCUCUCACCCAUGGAUGCCCCGGCAUGGAGCCCCUCCGGUCUGGCUCUCCAGCUCACCUUACAGCCUUGGUCCUUCCUCACUUCAUCAGACCCUCCCUCCAGGUUACCCACCCUCUCUGCCGGGUUCCAUUCCCCCUCCCUACCAGUUUGCCAGGGACCCACAGUCUGGACAGCUUAUAGUCAUCCCUACUGAACACUUGCCUCACUAUGGAGGUGAUGCACUGGAGCGUGGAGCGCCGGUGUGGUCAGGUGUGUACGGUGCAGGCAGUUCUCUGCAGCAUGCAGCCCAGCUGCAGCUCCUAUCUCAACAGCAAAUGCUUCGGCAGCAGGAGCUGCUUAUGAUCCAGCAGCACACCGUGCAGGUCCUGGAGCUGCAGAGGAAUGCACAACUAGUUGAGCGUUUAAAGGUCAGCGAGCAUCGGCCAGAGAUGGAAGACAAAGCAGACAAGCGGAACCCUGACCCAAAACCCCGACCAUCCUCAAUAUCUUCCCCGUCUCCCUCACAGAUCUUGCAUCCCCGCAAACUCCCCCCGCCCUCUCGAUCACCAACCCCGUCUACGUCCUCCCUCACCUCGCUGCCUCCACUCUCCUCUCCAGUGACCACCCUCAAGUCGGAGGAAGGUGGGCAGAGAUUGCUGUCUCACCUGCCGAAGCCCCUGCCUCACCCGCCUCCCCCCUCCUCCGCCUCUCCACCCCUGUCCUCACCACGGCGGCCGAAACAGGAGGUGGCUGAGGAGGGAGAGGUGGGACAGAGGGUGCAGAGAGACAGGCAGAAGCCGGCCUCUGCACCCUUUCAAGGCCUCUACUCUGAUCUGCCUCCAGGUUAUCCUUACCAGUCCAUCACUGCCCCUUUUGGCUCAUCAUUCCCCCCUUACCACAUCCCAGCACCCACAGGGGAAAACACAGAGACUGUCCGAACCCAUCGUUCCUGCUCUCCUGCCUCAGCUGCCCCUUUGCCCCCUGCCCACCUUCAUUCAAGGGCUCUGGACACAGAUGUCAAACCCCAGAAAGUAGAGCCUGCAAAGACGGAAUCUUUUCUCAAACAGGAGCCUGAUGUGGAGCAGCGUCAGCUUGACAUGACGCCAGAACUGCUCGGUCCUCUUCGGCAGAGCUGCAGCCCUGUCCGAGCCACCGAAGACAGAGAAGAAGACAGGGAAGCCCUGAAGCCCCAGCCUCAACCACUACCUCUACAUGUCCCCAGUCCUCCACCACAACGAAGGGAAGGACUGGAAGUCAGAGAGGAAGAAAAAGCAGAAGGUCAAAUCAAAAUGGAAGUGUCAUCUUACUCAUGUCAGGCAUCGUACCCCCUUCUUCCUCCGUGUGCAGAAGCUGAGCCCAAACCAGAGGUCGUCAAGGAUCCAGACCAGACACGAUACCCAUCAUGCAUCACUGCAGAUUUAGACAGCCAGGAACUCUCUCCAGUGUGUGCGUCACUAGAGGACACUACCAGCGCUGUGUGUGAAUUAGAACAGCCGGACGCUCCAAUCAAGUCCCAUGCUCCCAGUCAGAAAGAAAGUGUCACUGAACCUCUUAUCUAUCCUCCUUCUGCCCCCAACUCUCCACUCCCACUCGUCAUCGGUCCAGAGGAUCCCAUGGCAGGUAUGCUUGCCCUGCUGACAGCCAGUGAAAUUUCCCAGGGUCGCUCCAGCACCCCGCCUGCCCCGAUACUUAUACCGCAGAUAGACAACCCUGCUGUGGGUGCACACUGCAGCAGCGCAGGGCCUUUAGAGAUGGCAGCACUGGAAGGGAUGGCUCUACUCAGCCAAAUGGCCCAACAAGAGAUGGAGAACAUCUGCCAGGAGCAAGAUCUGACAUUAGAGGGUCUAGACUGCCUUCUUGAAGCGAGCAGACAAAUUCUGUUAGAGGCCAUAGAGAAGCAGUCCCACAUUGAUCUGCCGAGAACGCUGGACCCCAACAAGAAGUACAGCUGGAGGCAGAGGAAAGAGGAGCCACUCUACAGUAAAAUGUCUGUGGACAUGCUGGAUGCGGUAGAAGUGGGAUACCGUGUUCGCCUGGCCGAGCUGCAGAAGACAUUUAAGGAGAAGCAGAGAGAGCUGAGCAAGCUGCAGAGGCGCAGAGACAAGCGUGAGCGGCAGCAGCAGGAGGAUGAGAGGCGGAGUCUGACCCGACGGGGCAGAGGACGACCCAGGAAGAGGAAGCUCUUGGCCACACCUCUCAAACCAGACAGCAGGCCUGGAAAACCGGGUAGGACGGUGCAAUACUCUGAGGACUCUGAAACUGGGGAAGGACAGAAGAAGAAGUUCCGGUUGUCCAGAGAGGAGGAGGAGACGGAGACGGGGAGCGGAGGAGUGAAAGUGAAGAAAAAGAAAAAGAAGAAGAAAAGCUGGAGUGACCAGGAGCCAUCCACCAGUCAUGCUCUGGAGGUGCUGAAGGCGAAACGUGGCCACAUGUGCGAGCAGGAGCAGCUGGCGUCAGACCUCGACAGAGCCCUUUCGCUCUCUCAGCUCGGCUCUCUCUGCGCGUCUCGCAAACUUGCUUCCAACGCAAAAUUAGAGAAGUUGAAGGGAAAGUCUGCUGAGAAUCAAAUGAAGGAGCGAGGCAUCCACUCCUCGGGCAAAGGAGGGAAACACAAGAUAGCCGCCAAGGCUUCUGCAUCAGAGGCAGCCCGGAAGGUGAAAGGUCAGAAGAAGACUGCCUUGUUCUCUCGAAUGAGAUCAGAGCUCAGCAGCUGUUCCAACAACUCAGAUUCAGAGGAGCACAAUUCUGCUCAAGGGGGCUGGCCCCCUCUCUCAGGGAUGCGUUCCCACGGCGACGUGACCAGGAAGAGGCGGUCUGCGUCAUCGCCGACCUCCCUGCUGUCCACACAGAAGUCUCAAAAGAAGAAACACAAGCACUUAUCCCUGCUGCUAGAGGAAGCGGGCCUCAGUUCCUCUGACGACUCCUUCGACCAAGAAACCUCUGAGGAUGAGGAGGAGGAGGAAGAGCAGGAGUCGGAUUCGGACGAUGUUGGCUGCGAGGAGAGCGGACUAGGUCUGCUGGCCCGGUUUGCGGCGAGUGCGCUCCCCGUUAGCUCCGCCCCUUUGAACCUCCUCCACGAUGGCAAACACUGCAGCAGGCAAAGCACUCUGGGUUCGUCAGAGUGUGAGUGGUCAGACUCCGGCUCAGACUUGAGGCUAAGGAAGUUUCCCUCUCUGCUGCAUGGAAAACGCUCCAUCCCAGAGCUCCCCCUUUUGCCCCCGGCAACCCGCCGCAUCGACCAGAGUAGCCCCACUAAGCGAGAUGAAGCGCUGCAGGUCAAACGGAAGCCUCUGCCUAAACCACGCCCCUCGCCUCGGUCGCCACGGAGAUUCAGCUACGACCUCUCUGCCAGCUCCAGCUUCGGAGGUUUCAGCGAGGAUGAGGGUUGGAACCGCAGACGCAGCGAGAGGAUUUUCCUCCACGAUGCCACCACUUCAGCCAAUCAGAUGCCGGUGUCAGCCUCUGCCUCCACCAGUCAGAGCUCUUCCACUGGCUCAGCCCCCCCUCUCACUCCGAAGCCCGCCUCGAGACCCAAACCCACUCCACCCAGCCGAGAAGGGAAAGAUGUGGUCAAAAAAAAGAAGCUAAAGGACUCUCCUCUGCCUGUGAGCCCGUCCACUCUAUGCAGUCCAAUCACAGACAGCCCUCCAGCUCUGAGCCUCAGCCCAGUGCGCAAGAGCCAACCAAAAGCCAAGGCCAAAGCCAGAGAGCAUUCCAGGGGCGCGGUGAGUCGGCUGAUGGAGAGCAUGGCGGCAGAUGAAGACUUUGAGCCCAACCAAGACAGCAGCUUCAGCGAAGACGAACUUCUCCCAGCGCGAAGCAACAGCGCAUCAGAGAGGUCCUCCACGCCUGCUCCAGUGCAGUGUGUUCUGGAUAAGGACUCUCUGGUGGACGGACUCAGAGUUUUGAUCCCGAUGGACGACCAACUACUGUACGCAGGACACGUGAACACUGUACACUCCCCGGACAUAUACAGCGUGGUGGUGGAGGGGGAGAGAGGGAACCGACCGCACAUCUACUGCUUGGAACAACUGCUUCAGGAGGCGAUCAUUGAUGUGAAGCCUCCAUCCGUGCGCUAUCUCCCAGAGGGCACCCGCAUCGCUGCCUACUGGAGCCAGCAGUACCGCUGUCUGUACCCCGGCACUGUUGUCAACGGAAGUUCAGAUAUUGAUGAGAAUGAUGAUCUCAUCACUGUGGAGUUUGACGAUGGCGACACAGGCCGUAUCCCUCUUUCCCACAUCAGACUGCUGCCGCCAGACUACAAGAUCCACUGCGCUGAGCCGUCCCCUGCAUUGCUCGUGGCCAGCUGUUCCAGGAGGAGGGUCCGCAAAUGCAGCAAAGAGGGCAAAGAGGCAGGAACAAAGCCAGAGGAGACCACUCCGAAGAUCAAAGGAAAACCUGGUCGCAAACCAAAGCGCAAACCAGACACUUCCUUAAACCCAGAUGGCCGGGAGAAAACCGAUCCUCCACCUUCCUCCACCCAGCCCACAGAGCGACCCCAGGCUCAAGCCAAGCCUGCCCAAGACAGGUCUUCCUCUGUCCAGAAACCGGCUCAGGAGAAGCCCCGGCCUGCAUCCCGUCCAACAAUGGGAACCCAGACUAAAUCAAGCAACAAAAGCUCCACUACGUCCCCAACGAGUAGUCCUACGCUUCCCAACCCGGUGCCCAGGAAGAGCAGCUCAGCGCAGCCUCCUGCUCCUAAAGCAUCCCGCCCUCUCCCUCCCUCCCUCUACCCCUCCACCUAUGGAAAGGUCCUGACUGUGGAUCUCUACAGCGAGCCCAACCUCAGCUCAUACAACAGCCAGCGCAGAGAAAAAGAGACUAACAGCACCGUAAGUCCCACCACCAACAGGCCCAUGCCUCGGCCCAGCAUGACGGCUUCAUCUGCCACACCCAAGCCCAGUGCUUCGUCCACGCCCAAACCCACUCCUGCCUCCUCACCCAAAUCCAAACCCUCUUCGGACCAUCAUAGCGGCUCCAGGCCCAGCCUCAGCUCUGGACUCCUACCGAGCCCCAUCUCUAGACUACCAACAAGCAAAUCGAACUCUUCUCUGACUCCUAGACCUUCAUCGUCAUCCUCAUUGUCCCCAUCCUCUGCCCCCCGACCCAAACUGAAGAUGUCAACCAAUCAAUUGUCCUCCAGACCCAGCUCCAUCUCCAGGCCCAAGUCCAGCCCUGGGCAAACUGAUGUGAGACGAAAGAGUCUGUCUGCAGAGCCCCUUGUGAAGCUCGACCACGAAGGUGUCACCUCACCCAAGACCAAGAAGACCAAGGCUCUGAUGUUACUACAGGGUCGGGGAGUCAGGCGAGACCACAACCCCAUUACCACGGACACAGACGAUCAGAAGCUGAUGAAGACUAAAUUGAAAGCUCCAGAUAGAGAGACUGGUCUGCCAGAGAAGGACUCCAGUUACAAAGCACCGAUACUGGCUAAAGAGAAGACAGACGGUCGUGGAAAUGGUGGUAGAGGACAGGAAAUGGACACAAGAGAGGAGAAGGGUAAAAAAGAGGAAAGAAAGGAGGCAGAGAAGAGAGAGGAAAGAAAAAUGAAAGAGGAAUCUCAGAGUAGCAGCAGCUCCGAGUCAGAGGAAGAAGGAGAGAAAGGGAAAAUAAAGAAGAAGAAAUGCACCUCAAGCUGCUCUUCCUCCUCUUCAUCCUGUUCUGGUUCUUCCUCAUCUUCCUCCUCAUCAUCAUCUUCAUCCUCCUCUUCAUCCACUGAUGACUCCUCCUGCAGCUCAGAUGAAGAGAGGACUGUUACGCCUCCGCCAGGCCCGGUCCAAAAGCCUCCAUCACAGACAAAACCAAAAGAGAAUGCAAAAGAAGAAGAGGAGGUAAAGAAGGAGGUGGAGAUAAAAGUGGAGGAAGAGGAAAAGCUGUACCCUGCCUCACAGUCUCCCUCCCCUUCGAACUCUCCCACUCCUGCUCCUCCUUCUCCCACUAAACCUCCAAAACCAGCCACCGGAAAGGGCUCCGGGCAGAGGGGGCGCCCUCCAAAACCAAAGCCCAGCGGAGGAGAGGGGAAGGCGGGUAGACCAAAGCGGAGAGAGGGGGUCCACCUUCCCACGACUAAGGAGCUGGCUAAACGUCAGAGACUUCCCAGUGUGGAGAACAGGCCCAAAAUUUCUGCUUUCCUCCCAGCCAGACAGCUCUGGAAGUGGUUUGGGAAACCCACUCAGAGACGCGGUAUGAAGGGCAAGGCUAAGAAACUCUUCUAUAAGGCUAUCGUGCGUGGCCGAGAGAUGAUCCGGAUCGGGGACUGUGCCGUGUUCCUGUCCGCUGGCCGACCCAACCUGCCCUUUAUCGGCCGCAUCCAGAGCAUGUGGGAGUCCUGGGGCAGCAACAUGGUGGUCAGGGUCAACUGGUUCUAUCAUCCUGAGGAGACGAACCCCGGCAAGAAACUCACCGACAAGAAGAACUGGGAUCAGAUGUGUGGUCAGUCUUUACCAGCAGCUCUGCACUCUUCCAUCCAGAGGAAAGACUUCAUGGAGCGCGCCCUGUACCAGUCGUCCCACAGCGAUGAGAACGACGUGCAGACGGUCAGUCACAAGUGCCUGGUGGUGAGCGUGGAGGAGUACGAGCAGAUGACCCACACUCGCCGCUAUGCUGACAGCGAAGACCUUUACUACCUGGCUGGCACCUACGAACCCACCACCGGCAUGAUCUUCAACACGGACGGAGUUCCAGUCAUCUGCUGAGCGAACACAGAAACUCAGCGGGAGAUGCUGAAACCAAAUCACGUCACGACUUACUUUGGACCUCACCGGAAGUCAACCUGUGGUCUAAUCACUGAUUUUUAUUCGUGAUGGAUCCUCUCUCAGCCGUGAAUCAAUGAACUGCUCUGACACCACGAUAAACCAGACCGUCACAAACAGCUACUACUACAGAGACGGGAGACACUACGGACAGUAUUACAAGGAAAAUGUCUCCUGAAACAUUUGCACACACUCAUUAACACAUUCUGUUUCGCUUGUUGUGUUCAUGGGAAAAGUUUCGAAACAUGCAUGAGCACUUCGGUCUCCUUUUGUAUGUAAAUAUACCCCGCAUAGACGAACAUAUAUGUACGCUCACACAUGCACAAACACAAGUGUAAAUACUCACCCCAUGUAACACGCACCGUUAUAUAGAGGAAAAUAUGAGUGUUUUAUUUUCAUGUAAUAGAUUUAUGUCAGAGUACUUUUUUCUAUAGAGGUAAACAGUCAAGAAGCUUUAAUGAACUGUGAAUGAUAACGAUGGUGAUACAGGAAGAGCGGCCUGUGUCGGUCCGUCCACCCUUCCCUUCCCCCCGCCAGCGGCAGAGCGGGCAGACGGACGCACACACGCCGCCGAGUGUGUGACAUUGUGAUUAUGAUGUUGCCGUGGUGAUGUUACAGUCAUGUAAACGUAAUCUACAGAACAGCAGGAGUGACAGACCGACAGAAAGCGAGCACAGGAAAGAGAGAGGUAGACUCCUUCCGUUGCUGUCCAAUAGAGAGAGAGAGCACUUAAAAAAACACUUAAAAGUCUAUCCUCCUUACUUUAACCCCUUCAGUUCCCCCUUGACAAUCCUAGCGCGGGCAGGAAAAAUUGUCCGUGUGCAACUAAAACUUCUCACUCCCUUAGAGACUCAGGCUAAAAAGAGAAGAAGGAAACUUGUACUAUUAAAAGAACUUAUUUUCAUCUUUGAGUUCCUUGUUUUAAAGGAAAAAUCCACCCCAUGAACACUAUGAAAGAAAAUGAUGGAUUUUCUUUGCCCGUUUUGAACCAAGACUGAGAAAUGGACCCCACAGGAGGAAGAGAGAUUCUCCACAGCCACCAGAUGUGAUCCAUUUUGGGGUUUUAAAAGCAUUCUGGGAAAUGUAGGACAUUUUUUUUUGGCCAACAAAAGUAUCCAGUUUGAUCACAAAGUACAUCCCUGAAUGCAACAUAGAAUACAAGCUGAUGUGUUGACAGUGUAGGAGUCCCAGUGGGUGGAUUUUUUCUUUUUUUUUUUUAAAGUGUUUUCAGGGUUGUAAACACUGCAGUCAGUCCAAGAUGCAUCAAGGUCAUGGCACUGAUAUUCGCCACGAAGCUGCCAGCGCUGAUUAGAUCAACAUAAUUCAAUUUUAACACUCGACGUCCACGGUUCGGCCCGAUCUGCUCAUUUCGUCUGCAGCGUUUGCAACCUCUAAAUGUCCUGCGUUAGAUGUACUUUACUUUUCUUUUGCUUCUGCUGUUUUAUGGAUGUUCAUCUUGACCCUCUCGAAUCACAUUUGCCCUCCAAGCAAUCACCUUUUUGACAUGAGUGCACUUUGAAUGAGCUCCAGCGCAGAGGAGACCGUCAGUGGGAGUCGUAGAAGUCUUCCGAGAGUAUUUACCGACUCCCCCUCUGCACGCCGGCGAUACCCCCUUCACCUUUUAGACACAGAUUAAGACACAGAACCACGUCCCUCGCAACACGUUCUUCUAUUUUUUUUGGUUCUUUCAGCUGCUUUUGAGUUGUUUCUACGUGCCUAUUUUAAUGGUUUUUAAGGUGAGACUGUUGAAUGUCGUGCUCAGGAUUGUGAGCGUUUCGGGCGGCCUUACUCUCCCAGGCCUUAUGAUGAUGACGAUGACGCGCCAAAUCUUUAAGUGUCGCCCUCUUACUCCCUCCAUUAUCCUUGGCGUCUGUAUGUGCAGAGAAAUAAUCUGAUGUUUUCUGGGAAAUGUCUUCGUGAUUGGUAGUUUAAACAACCUGUUGUUCCUGAGCUCGUAGCCUGCUCAGUUACAUUAUUGUGUAUCAGUAUAUAUUAUACUCUGUGUGUGUACUUAUGUAUGUAUGUAUGUAUGUAUACAUAUAUAUAUAUAUAUACACACACACAUAGUAUAUGGUAUACAGUAUAUAUGUGUUUAUUAACCGCAUUGCCCUUUUUGCUUUUCUCUGCUUCGCUGCAGAGAUUGAAGAUUGUCUUGUUGAUAUUCAAUAGGUUUAAUAUUUUCUACUCUCUUGAGAUCUUUUGGUUUUGUCUACAUUUGUCUGAUUUUAUUAUAGGCUAUAUCAUGUUUUCUUGUUUUUUUUUUUUACUCACUGAGAUGGCUGCAUGGUGUCUGGAGGACAAAUGUAAGACGUUACUGUGGCAUUUUCUUCACCAUUACAAUAGCAUUUCAGUAUUUAUGUAAUUCAGACAUGAUAGCCACCUAGUAACGGAACGUUCAAUAUUUGCUGCUAGUCCAUUAGUCUUUAAAGUUGUUUAACCAGGUACAGAGUGACUCCAGUUUUAUCUGCUAUAACCCCACCUGCUCCCCAAGAUGCUGCUCUUACGUCGGCUGAUACCUAAAGUUCAAAUGUUUUGAGCGACAGGCGUCCAAAGUGGAUGUCCGGUUGGUAUCUGAGCCGCGGGAGCAUCGCGGAUACACAGGCCCCAUACCGGUGUUUGCAGAGUGAACAAGUUAAAGUGCCCGUUUAUGAAUGUUUGUUUACCCCUGGAGCUCCUAAAGCACUUUUUUUUCUGUGUGUGUGUGUGUGUGAGAGCAGUAGAGAUGAGGAGACUGAUAACAUGUCACACUUUUAUCUCCUGUUAUUACCACAUGUACACACACACACACACAACUGCACACAUAUAGACACCCUUGUAACCCUUUAAGGUGUGUGUUACUGCCUUCCAAUCUCUUCUUGCCCCCUGUUUCCAUCCAAAGUCCAGCCUUAGGCCUUCGUACAGGGGCCAACACAAACACACACACUUACUCCCCACUUUGCUUUCAUUUUCAUUUGGUGUCAUAUAUUUUAAGACUUUGUGUACGUCAUGUUUAUCACCGUUUGUGUGUUACUGUAUCUCGUCUUUGACUUUUUUCGUCUUUUUGGCUGCCAUUAUUUUGCUCAUUUCUGGGUUUUUUGUUUUGUUGUUUUGUUUUUUUUUUGCAAGUUAAUGUAAUUAUUUCCCCUUGCUUCCCCUCUCUGAACAAUUGUCUACGCCUCACAAGCAAUACUGCUAACAGGCACUGGGAGCUAGCUGCUAGAGAGAGAGAGAGGAAUGGGAGAGAGAGCAAAAGAGAGAAUGGGAGAAAGAGAGAGAGAGAGGUGGACUGGAGGCUGGUUCUUCGUCUGCUGUUCCUUCAAUAUCAUUAUUGUCCUGUUACAGAAAAAAAAAGAUUAUUUUGAGAGUAAAUAGAAAAAUCAUCUAAGUUUUGUAAAUGAUCCUUCACUGUCGAGGGGAGAUAAAGCUAUCAGAAUAUACUUUAUACACAUGUCUAAUCUUGUAAAAAUGCAAAAAGAGUACAUUUUAGAGAUAAAUCUGAAACCAGAUAUAUUCUGUCACCCUAUACUAUAUGUGUAAGGAACUGUUUUUUUCUUUUUUUUUUUACAGACAGCAAGCACGUUUAUCAGUGUUUCUUUGAAAUUGUUUUAGUAACUCAAUAUUUUAUAGUUAAUCAAUAAACUGAUGAAACUGUAA